AUGCGACCUCGGCAUACAGCGCCAGAAGUAGUUCCAUCUGACAUCGAAGGGGGUGGCAACAGCUAUGGCAAGACCAUCUCCAUGGCAGGUUCUGGGGGCCGACCCAUCAUCCAACCGUUCGAGGGCCACGGAGGCGGCGACGGCAAGUCCAAGGGCCACAGGGGCAUGGCCAUGGACAAAGAGCUUCUGCAGAAGGUCGGACUGGGAGUCGGAGGGGUUUGGCUCCUUGGUUGGCUGCUUCUCGGGUGGGAUGUGAUGUGGCCGCUGUACUUGGCAUAUGACUUGCUUCAUUACAUCUUGUCCUUCCCUCCAUUCUCCUGGUUCUCCUGGAUGUUCGGUGGCUGGAUGUCUCGAGGGGCGCCGGUUCUGAACCAUGGCCAGCCCAUAGAGGAGGCAACGCUGCCUGCAGGACAGGUGUCUCAGUAUGUCAACAGCUACGUGCAGCAGUACGGUGACGCUGCUUUGAUCUUCGCAACGAACGAUGGGUAUCCCCAGAUUGUGAAGGAGCUCAUCGUAAACGAGGAUCUGGGUUACAGGGACCUGGUGGAUGCACGCGAUGACAGUGGGAACACAGCCUUGAUUUACGCAGCCGCAAAGGGUUUCCGGCAGUGCACAGCAGCCCUGCUCCGGGCCGGGGCCGAUCCAGAGCUGCCCAACCAGGGCAACGGUGGGCGAACCCCGCUGAUGGAGGCAGCAGGUGGAGGAUACAAAGACAUUGUUUCGGCUCUGCGAAUGAUGCCUAAAAUUUCCGUCGAUCUUGCUGACGAUCAUGGCAAUACGGCCCUGCACUAUGCGGCCUAUCAUGGUCAUCUUGCAGUCGUCAUGGAGUUGCUGAAAAGCAACCCCAACAAGGACCUUAAGAACAUCUAUGGUCACACUGCGGCGAGUUACGCAGCUUCCAACAAGUUCAAGGGCAUAGCCGACGUCCUGAACAGGGCCGAUCCAGCCAGAUCACAAAGGAGAGCCCAGGAGAAGGAGAAGGCGGACGAAGAGGCCGCCAAGGAAAUUGAAGACAAGAUCCGCGAGCAUUUGAAUCAGCUGAAGUCAAAGCAGGAAGAUGAAAAGAAGAGCAAGCAUGUCAAGGGAAAAGCUGAGAACCUGCAUGACCGUGAUGCGGAGGCUCCCCAGGCCCAAGCUACGGUGCCUGGGCCCGGGCGCCGAUCUGUGGCUUACCUCUCGGAGCCCGUGACCGCACGCUGGGCACACGGCCAGGGCACGGGCGGCACGGGCACGGCUUCGCCAGGUCCAUCCUCCCUCGUGCAGCCAUGGCCGCUGCCACCGGCACAGCAGCCGCAGCUGCAACCCCAUCAAGCCUGCCUUAGCGAGCCCCGCGACGUCACGAACAAUCCCGCAUGCGACCUCUCCACGAAGCCUGCAGGAUCACCUCCGGAAGGAGUCGACACAGAGGCAGCCAUUGUGGAUCUUAAAGAGCAGAUCGGUGGAUUGCGUAAAGAGCUCCAUGCAGUUCGCAGCAACUUGGAUGCUCAGCUGCGGAAAGAGCAGCCCCAGCUCGGCGCGUUGCGCCAGCGGGUGAAUUCACUUUGCUCUGAACUGGCUGACUGUGGCACUGAAGCUCUGAAGAUGUGUUCGGAUCUCGGACAUCGAGCUGUCGGUGAUGCUGUUCUGCGAAGCCGAAGUGCUCCUGGAGGCCAUGUGUGGCGGAGGCCAUCAGGCUGCCCACCAGUGCGGAAUCCUGCCAUCCGGCUUUCGACAGGGCCAGCAGUGUAUUCCUGCAUCCCAGCAACACUGUCUCCUCGCAUGCUGCGAGCAGCACCAAACGCCAAUGCCGCGGAGCCGAUCACUGGUGGAGUCGCACGACGCAGCAGCGGACGUACAGAUGGGAGCAAUCUUCCAUCUCGAGCCCAAAGCGCCAACUCUGUGAAUGUGAUGACGGCGAAGAGUGCACAAAGCCUUCCCCGAAACGAGAGUACCAGCAGCUUCGUACUGACUGCCAAGCCGAUGCAAGUUCGGACCUCCGCAGUGUCCACAUUGGCCGCCCCGCACGCCCCACCAUCUCCGAAAGAGACGGUUCCGGCAAAAGCCUCAAGAGCUUGGUCACCAAAUCCUGUUCCAGGAUCCCUGACUCCGGAGAUUUUGCGGCAGGCAUCUGCAAAAUCGGCGGCUUCCGACGGAACUACCUGCCACAACUGCGGCAAUCGCCUGCCCCCUGAUGCUCCCUAUUGUCGGUUUUGCGGCUUGGGACGCUAUCGCGCAAGAGCGCCAAGGCAUUCAGUGUACCCUAGCUCCGAAGCAGAGGAUGCGGCAGCUGGAAUCAAUGAUGACGCGCUGCGUGAAGAGGUGGUCAAGCAGCUGCACGAAAUGGCUUCCCUACGUGCGGAGAAUGCCCGCAUGAGCGAUCGCCUGAUCUCUGCGGGCUUCGGUCCGAUCAGCAUGCCGCAGGCGCAGCCAAGCUCUCCUUCAGGCAGCACAGCAGGCAGCCCCAGGAGCAGAAGGCGUGCCAUGGAACCUGUGCGAGAAGGGUCCCCCUUGGGCCAGUCGGCUUUGUGGCACAAGCCGGGCAGGUCAAUGGUCGCCAAGACGCCCCUCUCAGCACUGGACCUCUCGGCGCUCAAAGUUCGCCAAGGAGGCACGCAGAUUCCUGUGCGUACUGCUAUGGGUGACUUCGAGCCAUCCAUAGAGAAAGACGAUGGCGUCUCGGAGUCUGAACGAAAGGCCCUGGAGGAACAGCUGUCCCGACUCCGACGACAGCACGAAGAGGCGGAGCUGAAGUCACAGAAGAAGAUUGUUGAGCUGCUCGAGAAGACCUCUGAGCAGCAGCGGGCUCUGGAUGAAGCCAAGGACAAGCAUCGUGAGUUCCAGCUCAACCAUACAGAAUUGCAGUUGAAGGUUGAUGAGCUUGAGACGAAGCAUCGCGCCAGCGUCCUCAAGGCGCAGGAGGAGGCCGACAGGGCGAAGGACCUGGCAGACAAGCACCAGGAGGUGAAGCAAGAGCUCGAGCGGCACAAGCAGCGGGCCGAAGUCGCUCCCUUGGCUUUCUGUGACUUUGAGUCUGAGUCUCUGCAGGAAUCAUUGCCAGCAACUCCUCUACUUCUUAGAAAUUUUCCCAGCAGCACGACUUUGAUAGCAGCCAGAGUCAGAGCCUACAAGCCUAGCAGCCUUUCAUGCAGGAUCUUGUACUUCACGACAAGCGGGUUGAAACUCAUGCCGGAACGAGUCGGCAGUGGCAGGGACAACUUCAGCGUGAGGGUCGGCAUGAGCUAG